GUCCAAGUCCUCUACCUGCGUACAAGUUGCCUGGGUCUAGUAGUGGUCUCGGCAGUGGACGAUCUAAGCGAAAGAGCUCCAUCCCAUGCAAGUCUGUUGCUGCCUCCAGCUCGUCAGCUCUCGAAGAGGGGGAAUCCGUCCUGGAUGAGAUGGAUUGCUCCGUUCUGAAAUCUGUGGCAAGACCGGAUACAUAUCAGCCUGAUUUAGGCCAUAUUGGAUUCUUGCAAUCUGGGUCUCCUCAAGAAGUGCAUGAUGUGAUUUCUCAGGAGUCUAACUUCCAGGACAAGAAUUUUUACCCAUAUAGUACUUUGGGUAGACCCUUAGCUCCGGAAGUUCAACUCAGUAGAGAAAAAGUGAAACAUUUCAGUGAUAAUCCGAACAAUUUUAAUUUUUUGGAUCAAAAUUUUCAGUACAGGAAAGACAUAAAAAAGCAUGUUUUGAUUCGUGCUGGGAUAAAACCAUACCAGUGUGAUUUCUGUGGUGAAAAAUUUAACCGUUCAGAUUACUUAAGGGAACACACUUUGCUACACACAGGAGAAAAGCCAUACAAGUGUGAUUUGUGUGGGGCAAAAUUUAUCAGAUCGAGUCACUUGAAGAGACAUAAAUUGAUACACACAGGAGAAAAGCCUCACAUUUGUGGUUUGUGCGAUGCAAGGUUUAACCAAGAAAGUAGCUUAAAACGACACAUACUCAUACACACAGGUGAAAAACCUUACAAAUGUGACGUAUGUGAGGCGAGGUUUAAUCAGGCAAGUAGCUUGAAGCAACACACUUUGUUGCACACUGGGGAAAAGCCUUACAAGUGUGAUGUGUGUGAUGAAAGAUUCAAGUCCAGGAGAAACUUGAAACAGCAUCUGAAGAUAACGCACAUCGAUCCUCUUGAAUUUCAAAAGAGGAAGUCAUUGCAGUUGUGACAUGUUUUUAGCAACACAUUCAGCUGGGUAUUGAUGUGAGAUUGCUUCAACGCAAGAGAGAAUUCUGUUACCCGUGUACAGUUCAGGUCCAUUUAUGAUUAUAAUUGUAUCAUUAGGGUCUGUAAAGAGGCAAAUUGAAAAAACCCCACACAGACUUACGCACAGGGUUCACGUAUAAUAUUGAUCUUCAAGGGAAAGGGAAGCAUCAUGGACAACCUUUUCUUACUCAGCCGUAAUAUUUUCCCUUUGUUUUUCUUCAUGUUUUUUAGAAUGGGGAGGCGGAGGGGGGUUCCCAUGUUUUCUUGCCAUUUUGUGCAUACUCACUAUUGUCAUAGCUUUAGAAUAAGAAGUGAGCCUGGAAUCCAGGUUCAAUUUUUUUUUUAGGGCCUAAAAAACAGAAAAAAUAACUAAGGGACCGGGGGAGGUUUGAUAUUGAAAUUAACAUGAAAUCAGAGUAUUUAACCCUCUCCGUACGUCGUGUUUUACUAUCGUAUCCAUACGACGUAGGCAACUCUAUGCCACCACUUUUC